UCAUGAUGAUACCAAUAGCUUUCUGCGCUGAAAGUCUAUUUCUUCAUAUUGUCACCUCGGCGCCCCAAGAUUACAAUGAAAUUCUUCGAAUAAGCCUGCUUGCGGGAGCUGGUGCCGGACUCCUAGCUACGGAUCAUCGACUCUCUGUCCCCGGUCUGGUAUCGUCAAUCUUGGCUAUGCUUUUUGCGGGAGUUGCCAGAGCCUUCUGGAAGAUUGCCAUCAGAUGCAACCCUGAUGAUGUUGUUGCGAAGGAUAAAGAUCAGACUGGUCGAUAUGUAAUCAUUGGCGCGUCUGUAGGUGUUACCUGGGCGUUGGUCUUUUGGAAAGGCGAGCCGAUUUUCACCCUCGACUUUAGCAACGUCCCGUUGUUCACCAUCAAUGCCUUGGCUUCCGCGCUGGCACUGGCACUGGGCAAGUCCAUGUUACUUCCCAUGGACGACGAAUCAGUAGACAGUAAUUUCCAGAAUAGCGAUGCUCCAGUGCACCACGUUUGGGACGCUUCGACUCUGCUGGUUCUUGCUGGAAUCGUAGGGUGCUAUUCGACGCUUUCGUAUCGUCGCUCGUACACGAGUGCGUAUCAAUUUGUCUGCUUCUUGGUUGCAAUAAUAUGCAUUGAGAGUAGGGUUUACGUUGAAGCAUUCAAGGAUCGAUCGCAGAGUGCUCGGACUUCCCACAGCACGUAUGAGCUUUCUCCCUCUUCUUCAGAAGAUGGUGAAAGCGUUGACCUCGCCAACGAAGACGGUCAUUCUGGAAACCAGCCAAUCUCGCGCACCAAGACUAUCCGCAGAGUCAUGCUUGGUAUUGCGGUCUUCUCACUGUGGACGAUGUAUGGGAUCUCCAACGCAAACGAUCGGCGAGAGGAUCGCAGCACCGUCCUCCUCGAUCAAGAUUACGAACCGCAACUGCCUGUGGAGAUCGUUCUAAGCAUGUAUAAAGAGCCUAUCUACGAGGUCGUCUCGCUUAUCCACAAUCUCCGCUCCAUACCCUCUCUCUCCGACGCACAUGUCACAAUCUACAUCAAAGACGCCUUCGCCGAUAACGACUCCAUCCAGCACCUCACGCGCGCCAACGACGUCAUCACCCUUCCCAACAUCGGCCGCGAGGGCGAGACCUACCUUAACCACAUCCUCAACCGGUGGGACAGCCUCGCGCGUCAAACGAUCUUCCUCCAGGCGGGCAUUCACAACCCGCGCGAAUUCUAUAAGCACGUCCGCAACUACUACAGUAGUUCGCAGACUGGCUUCCUCAAUUUAGGCUGGUCCGGCACUGUCUGCAACUGCGCAGACUGUGGCGACCGCCUCUUCUGGACCGAUACUACACACGUCCUUGCCCAGCUGCACGCACAAAUGUACAACGGCUCUACAUCUGUCUGCGAAAGCGUUCUCCUCAGCUACAAAGGCCAGUUCGUAGUCUCCGCAGCACGUAUCCGGGGUAUCAGCAGGGACGUGUACAAUACACUCUGGCAGGCCUUCAUCGACGAGAACAGCUGGGCGCAUCAACAGCCUUAUCUCGAAGGCCGGCCGGACUCUAUGUCCGCGCCAGAUUUUGGCUACACAAUGGAGAGGAUGUGGAAUCUGCUGUUCCAGUGCUCAAAUCGGGAGGUUGCGUGGAAGUGUCCGAGUUUAGUGAGUGGGUGGCGCGUUGGCGGUGAGAUUGCGGAUUGUCAAUGUUUUGACGAUUGAAAAAUCGAUUGCAGAGCUUUUGAAAUACAUCAUGGACGAUUGAUGAGUGUCAGACGGCGAGAGAGCCGACAUUGACACCUUUUUCUGGCCUGGAAGAUGUGGAAUGGAGCACCGAGCUAGUUUCAGGCUGCUGUUAUUGGCCUGAGAUGACAGG